AGCUAUUUCAUCACUCAAAAUCCUUUCAUUUAUUCGUCUGUUAUACACCGAAACUUCGGUGUAAACCCACAUUCCAUACUCGUUUUAUCAGCAUAAACCUCGUCUAAUCCACCUUCUACUACACCAAUGAAGGAAAGCUUGCUACCAUUGCUCAUCCUCAUCUCAUGCUUUCUGGCUCUUCCCAAUUCGGUCCAUCUUAGCGGUUUGACUCCGAACGGCGCGUCAUCGGCGGUCGUCAUUCAACCACGACAAUCAUUUGGUUUAAAUGCGACGGUUGGAUUGAAUGGCAUGCGCGAAGAGUUCCCUAUCAAGCAACAACAAACUGGCAAUGCAAGGGUGAUCCCAGGAAGUGGGGGUGACACUCUCCGACGCCCACCUGAAAUUCUCCGUCGCCCACAUGGCAGAGGCCAUAAUGGUGCAUCCACUAUACAAGCAUAUAAAUUUCUCCCCAUCUCCAAUACAUUAGUGCAAGUCAGCAUUGCAUUGCUACUUGGUUUGAUUUCCUUCUUUUGAUUAGUAUCAUUAGUUAUUUUAUACAUGUAAUUGAGGAGUGUAGAAAAUUAUUUUACUAAAAUGGUUUGUAGUCGUUCUACCAAGGAUUAACAAGUUUUGG